AUGACUAGAACACCAGAUCAGGCGGCACACAUGAUAGAGACGAGGAGAAGCAAACGAUUGGAGGCCAAAAGGGGAGGAAGAACGGAAAGAGGAGUAACAUCGGCUGCAGGAGAAAGACAGGGUGUGAACCAACGGCGGACUGAGAAGGCUGACGAAGAUAAUUUUAGAGAGGGAUCUGUACACACUUCCGACACGGAACCCGUGGCAGGAAAGGAGAUGACUCGUGAGGAAAUGCAAGAGAAUAUUGGUGAAGAAGACAUGACAUUGGAACAACUCCUUGAGAGGCGGAGGUACGAAGAAAGACAGGGGCGCGAGGAAAAUGAGAGGAGAAGAGAAGAUGAAAGACAUCGCGAAUUCAACCGGAAGGAUGAGGAAGAAAGGAGACGUGGGGAAGGAAGGUUCAGUGUGAUGAGAGGAGACCGCUGGGAGAGAAACGGAGGGAACCUGAACCAAGACGUCUUGAAUGAUCUACGAGAUAUGAGAGUAUUGAUAAACAAUUCGCGAGGAGGAAGCAGAGUGCAGCUGGCGAAGGCAAUAGAGGAGGCCGAUAAAUCUUCAUUUACCUAUGAGAUAAUGUAUUCGGAUAUCCCAGAGAAAUGCGUGCUACCAACGCUACCAAGCAUAUUCAGCGGAUCUGAAAGUGCUGUGCAGCACUUGAAACAAUACACCCUUUCAUUGAUGCAAUGGGGGUGA